AUGCCUCCCCCGAAAGGAACGCCAAACAUUCUUGAAGGACCCGGUGACUACGAGGUAACGUCCACCAUUCACAAUGACACCUAUCCGGCAAUCCAUCCUGCCAAUGUCAGUUUCGCAGGCAAGGCUGUCUUUAUCACGGGGGGGUCAAAGGGUUUGGGUCGCGCUAUGGCUCUAUCAUUCGCAAAGGCUGGCGCAUCAUACAUCGCUGUUGGAGCUCGCUCCGAUAUGUCUCAGCUCGCUAAAGACGUCGAGGCUGCCGCAGUAUCUGCCAAUCGAAGCGCCCCCAAGUUUUUACCAAUCAAGCUCGAUGUCACCGAGGAACGAAGCAUUGAGAUGGCAGCGGCAGAAGUUGAGAAAGAAUUUGGGAAGCUGGACAUUCUCGUGAAUAAUGCGGGCAUCCUUGGUAAACAUGGAUUAAUCGCCGACUCAAACCCAGAGGAGUGGUGGCAGGUCCUCGACGUCAAUGUCCGCGGGCCAUACUUGGUGACUCGUGCUUUUCUGCCCAUCCUGCUCAAAGGCCAGGACAAGUUUAUUGUUAAUGUGACGAGUGUUGGAGCGCAUCUAGUCAACCCAACGCUGAGCGCAUACCAGGUGUCAAAGCUAGGACUGUUAAGACUAUCUCAACUGAUCUACGCUGAAUAUUCCGCGCAGGGGGUGGUGUCGUUUUGCAUCCACCCUGGAAACAGUCCCACAGAUAUCAUGGGCGGUCCUGAGGGAGUCGCAGAUCAUCUCAAGCCUGUUUUUGUCGAGACCCCUGAAUUGAGCGCUGACUCGAUUGUAUACCUCACGUCGGAAAAGCGGGAUUGGCUUGGGGGUAGAUACAUUAAUUGCACAUGGGAUCUACCCGAACUCAUGGCCAAGAAAGAUGAGAUUGUGAAGGACGACAAGCUAAAAGUAAGACUCGUUUAUUAG